AUGUGGGGUUUACGAAUUAUUUUAUGUGUACUACUCCUUCAAUUAGUUGGAUAUAUCUACUUAAUUCAAUCGGUAAAGACAUUAGGGGAUACGAUCAAUUGUGAAGAGGAAAAGGUUAUGGAUCACAUGGCCAAUGGGAUGAAGAUUGUGGAUCGCGAAAGAGGAAAAGGUUUAUACAUACACUCUAAAUGGGGGAGGAAUACUAAAUUAGAGCUUCGUGUUGCUCCAAGUAUUGAUUAUAUGGAGAAAUCUGCUACUAAUAAUAGUGGAGGAGAAAAUUUGGAGAGACAAUAUGAGAAUAAUCAUACUGAUGAGGUUGUACUUCUGAAAGAGGAGAUAGCACGACAAAGAGUCGAGAAUCAAAAUUUGAAGAAUUUAGUUAAUCAGUUAGCCAACACAUGCGAAACCUCUGAAAGGGCGGAAAUUAAUAGAUUUCAACUCGAUCAAAAUAAAUCCGAAAAAGUCAACGAGGAAGAGGGAUUUAAAGACGUUCCAGACGACUCUGAUAAUGAAGAAAGACUAAAUCAGCAAAAGAGACCAUUAUUGGCUCCAAGAGAUAAUGAGGACACAAAUAAAAUCUCCAUCAAAGAGGAUCACGGAACAACUGGUAUGCAAACAGUCAUAAAUGCUGAAGAGCCUCAUCAAAAAAUCAAGAAAAAAGCUCGAGUGUGCUUUCGGGUUUCCUCAAAAGAAAAUAUGAUAACUGAUGGAUGCCAUUGGAGGAAAUAUGGUCAAAAAACGGCAAAAGGAAAUCCAUAUCCACGAGCAUACUAUCGUUGUACCAUGGGAACUUCUUGCCCCGUUCAUAAACAGGCACGCAAAUUUUUUCUAAUCUGA